GGGGCUGAGGCGGGGGGCGAGCGCCGAGUGCUGCUCCCUGCCGCUCGGAGCCCGCUCCAGCGCCCGCCCGCUGCGCGGCGAACAUGAGCGAUCAUGGCCGCCUUCGGGCUCCUCAGCUAUGAGCAGAGACCGCUCAAGCGGCCGCGCCUGGGGCCGCCCGACGUCUAUCCGCAGGACCCGCGCCAGAAGGAGGAUGAACUUACUGCGGUGAACGUAAAGCAAGGCUUCAGUAAUCAGCCCGCCUUCUCUGGAGAUGAGCAUGGUUCUGCUAGAAACGUUGUCAUCAACGCCUCUAAGAUUGGCGCUUACUUCAGCAGCAUAUUAGCAGAAAAGCUAAAACUUAAUACGUUCCAGGACACAGGAAAGAAGAAACCACAAGUAAAUGCCAAAGACAACUACUGGCUGGUUACUGCUCGCUCUCAGAGUGCAGUUCACAACUGGUUCACAGAUUUAGCAGGAAGUAAACCACUGACUAUUUUAGCAAAAAAGGUUCCAAUUCUCAGUAAAAAAGAAGAUGUUUUUGCUUACUUAGCAAAAUACUCUGUACCACUGCUGCGAGCAGCAUGGCUGAUCAAAAUGACAUGUGCCUACUAUGCUGCCAUUUCUGAAGCUAAAAUCAAGAAACGCCAGGCCACUGAUCCAAAUACUGAAUGGACUCAAAUUAUAACCAGAUAUCUUCGAGAGCAGCUGGCAAAGGUUGCAGAGUUUUAUCACGUGACUUCCAGCCAAGGCAACAGCUCUGUAGUGAUGCCUCAAGAGAUGGAACAGGCCUUGAAGCAGUGGGAAUAUAAUGAAAAAUUGUCCUUUUAUAUGUUUCAGGAAGGAAUGCUUGAGAGACAUGAGUACUUGACAUGGAUUUUGGAUGUUUUGGAAAAAAUCAGACCUGCUGAUGAUGACAUUCUUAAGCUGGUGCUGCCGCUCGUGUUGCAGUAUUCAGAAGAGUUUGUUCAGUCAGCUUACCUGUCCCGCCGCCUCGCUUAUUUCUGUGCCAGGCGCCUGUCGUUACUGCUGAGCGACGGCCCCAGCCUUGCAGCUGCACAUUCUCCCCAUGUGAUUAUUGCACCAAGUAACCCUCCUCUGGCAGCACCGAGUCCGACUGCACCCGGUCCUGUGCUGAGCCCCGUGCAGCUCACCUGCUCAGAUUUCCUCUCCUGCCCACAGCACCGCCCGCUGGUGUAUGGGCUGAGCUGUAUGCUGCAGACUAUAACUCUUUGUUGCCCAAGUGCCUUGGUGUGGAAUUAUUCCACAAAUGAAAAUAAGAACAUUAAUCCUGGCUCACCCCUGGAUUUACUUCAAGUUGCUCCAUCUAGUUUACCUAUGCCAGGUGGAAAUUCAACAUUUAAUCAGCAGGUUCGGGCAAAGAUCUAUGAAGUAGAACAGCAGAUAAAACAAAGAGGUCGUGCUGUGGAGGUGCGGUGGUCUUUUGACAAGUGCCAAGAAUCAGCUGCAGGGGUGACCAUCAGCCGAGUUCUGCACACCUUAGAAGUGUUGGAUCGACAUUGUUUUGACAGAUCAGAUUCCAGCAAUUCAAUGGAGACACUUUAUCAUAAGAUUUUCUGGGCAAACCAGAAUAAAGAUAACCAAGAGGCAGCCCCCAGCGAUGAGGCCGUGGUGAUGCUGCUGUGUGAGUGGGCUGUGAGCUGCAAACGGUCUGGGAAGCACCGGGCCAUGGUGGUGGCCAAACUCCUGGAGAAAAGGCAAGCAGAAAUUGAAGCAGAAAGAUGUGGUGAAUCUGAAGUCCUAGAUGAAAAGGAAUCUCUGUCUUCAGCCUCCUUGACAAGCUCCAGUCUUCCUGUUUUCCAGAAUGUCCUGCUGAGGUUUUUGGACACACAGGCUCCCUCGCUGUCUGACCCAAAUAGUGACCAUGAGAAGACAGAGUUUGUGAAUUUGGUGCUGCUGUUUUCUGAAUUCACUCGACACGAUGUUUUCUCUCAUGAUGCAUACAUGUGCACGUUAAUAUCACGUGGAGACUUGUCAAUUACUGCAGCUACGAGACCACGUUCACCUAAUGGGGAAACUGUGGAUGAACACUAUUCUAAGGAUAAUGACGUUAAAAUAGAGAUUUUUUCUCCGAUGGCCGGGGAAUCCUGUGAGAACAUGAACUCUUCUUUAGACAGAAGAAUUUCAGUUGCCAGUGAGAAGUCAGUCAAGAGGGAAAGACUCAGAGAAGUGAUUUUUCCAUCCAACUAUGACCUCCUUCGUCAUCUGCAGUACGCGACGCAUUUCCCAAUACCUCUGGAUGAAUCUUCAAGUCAUGAGUGUAACCAGCGCAUGAUUCUCCUCUAUGGUGUUGGCAAGGAGCGUGAUGAGGCAAGACAUCAGCUGAGGAAGAUUACCAAAGACAUCCUGAAGAUUCUGAAUAAGAAGAGUACUACUGAAACGGGUGUUGGGGAUGAAGGGCAAAAAGCCAGGAAGAACAAACAAGAAGCAUUUCCAACUCUAGAGACUGUGUUCACAAAACUACAGCAGCUGUCAUAUUUUGACCAACAUCAGGUGACGUCUCAGAUCUCCAGCAAUGUUCUCGAACAAAUAACUAGUUUUGCCUCAGGAACAUCCUAUCACCUCCCCUUGGCUCACCACAUACAGCUGAUCUUUGAUCUCAUGGAACCAGCACUGAAUAUCAACGGACUGAUAGACUUUGCAAUACAGCUGCUGAAUGAGCUGAGUGUGGUGGAGGCAGAGCUGCUGCUGAAGUCGUCCAGCCUGGCAGGGAGCUACACCACGGGGCUGUGUGUGUGCAUCGUUGCCGUCCUGCGGCGUUACCACGCCUGCCUCAUUCUCAACUCAGAGCAAACUGCACAAGUCUUUGAAGGGUUGUGUGGAGUGGUGAAGCAUGUUGUUAAUCCCUCGGAGUGUUCCUCCCCAGAAAGAUGUAUUUUGGCCUACCUCUAUGACCUGUAUGUGUCCUGCAGCCACCUGCGAAGCAAGUUUGGAGACCUCUUCAGUAGUGCCUGUUCUAAGGUGAAGCAAACAAUAUACAGCAAUGUUCAGCCUUCAAAUUCCAAUCUGCUGUGGGACCCGGAGUUCAUGCUAGAUUUUAUUGAGAACCCUUCUGCUCACAGCAUUAACUACUCAAUGCUGGGCAAGAUUCUGAGCGACAACGCAGCCAACCGCUACAGCUUCGUCUGCAACGCUCUAAUGAAUGUGUGUAUGGGGCACCAAGAUGCAGGAAGGAUUAAUGACAUAGCAAACCUUUGUGCAGAGCUGACGGCGUGCUGCACCGUGCUGAGCUCAGAGUGGCUGGGGGUUGUCAAAGCUCUUUGCUGCUCUUCCAAUCAUGUGUGGGGUUUCAAUGAUCUGCUCUGCAGUGUGGAUGUGAGUGAUCUGUCAUUCCACGAUUCCCUGGCCACUUUCAUUGCCAUAUUGAUUGCCCGGCAGUGCUUUUCUCUGGAAGAUGUCGUUCAGCACGUAGCACUGCCUUCCCUUCUUGCAGCUGCCUGUGGGGACCCAGAUGCUGAGCCUGGGGCCAGGAUGACUUGUCGGCUUCUCCUGCACCUCUUCAGGACACCGCAGGUCUGCCUCUUUCCCCAGGGAGCAGGAAAGCUAUUUCCUGGAAUUCGUUCUUCUUGUGAUCGUCACCUCUUGGCUGCUGCUCACAACAGUAUAGAAGUGGGAGCUGUGUUUGCAGUCUUAAAAGCAAUUCUGAUGCUUGGUGAUGCUGAGAUCGGCAGCAGCAGUGUGACCCCCGUAAAGAACGAGGAGCUGCCUGUGAGAGGCUUGCUGGAUGAGAUCCCUGAGGAUGAAAUGUGGGCUUCCUCUCACGCUCUGAAAUCACGUGGAAAAGCUGUUUCCAUAGAAACUGCCAGUUUAAGCGAGUAUGCUAGAUAUGUGCUAAGAAGCAUUUGCCAGCAGGAAUGGGUUGGAGAGCACUGUUUAAAAGAACCUGAGAGGCUGUGCACAGAUAAAGAUCUAAUUUUGGAUCCCGUUCUUUCAAACAAACAAGCGCAGAAACUUCUUCAGCUUAUCUGUUAUCCUCAUGGUGUGAAAGAAUGCUCCGAGGGGGACAACCCUCAGAGGCAGCACAUCAAACGCAUACUUCAGAACUUAGACCAGUGGACUCUCCGGCAGUCUUGGUUGGAGCUGCAACUAAUGAUCAAGCAGUGCAUGAAGGAGCCUGGUUCUGGGUCUGUGGCUGAAAUGAACAGCUUGUUGGAUAAUAUUGCAAAGGCGACAAUAGAGGUGUUUCAGCAAUCCGCUGAUCUAAACAAUAACUCUUCUAACUCUGGUAUAGGCCUCUUCAAUCCAAACUCUGUUGGAAAUGCUGACACAAGUAAUACAAGACAGAAUGGUAAAAAGACAUUCCUAAGUUCCUCUGAGUGGCGAGGAGUGUGGCUGGUGGCUCCCUUGAUUGCAAAACUACCUACCUCAGUUCAAGGUAGGGUCUUGAAAGCUGCAGGAGAGGAGCUGGAGAAAGGUCAGCAUUUGGGGUCAUCUUCUAAGAAGGAAAGAGAUAGACAGAAGCAAAAGAGCAUGUCUCUCUUGAGUCAGCAACCUUUCCUUUCUUUGGUACUUACUUGCCUUAAGGGACAGGAUGAGCAGCGGGAAGGGCUCCUAACAUCACUGCAGAAUCAAGUCAAUCAGAUCCUUAGUAACUGGAGGGAAGAACGGUACCAGGGCGAUGUUAAAGCUAGACAGAUGAUGCAUGAAGCCUUACAGCUUCGUCUAAAUUUGGUGGGUGGCAUGUUUGAUACUGUGCAGAGGAGUACCCAGUGGACCACAGACUGGGCACUUCUGCUCCUCCAGAUAAUCACUUCAGGAACAGUUGAUAUGCAGACCAACAACGAAUUGUUCACAACCGUGCUGGAUAUGCUGGGCGUCCUCAUCAACGGCACGCUCGCCUCCGACUUGUCCAGUGCUUCCCAAGGAGGACCCGAGGAAAACAAAAGGGCUUACAUGAAUUUAGUGAAAAAGUUAAAAAAGGAGCUGGGAGACAAGCGGUCGGACAGCAUUGACAAGGUUCGCCAGCUGCUCCCUUUGCCAAAGCAGACAUGUGAUAUUAUUACUUGUGAGCCAAUGGGAUCCUUGAUCGACACCAAGGGCAACAAAAUUGCAGGGUUUGACUCCAUUGAUAAGAAACAGGGUCUUCAGGUUUCAGCAAAACAAAAGGUGUCCCCUUGGGACUUAUUUGAAGGUCAUAAAAAUCCCGCUCCUCUCUCCUGGGCAUGGUUUGGUACAGUUCGUGUGGACAGGAAGGUGAUCAAAUACGAGGAGCAGCAGCAUCUGCUCCUGUAUCACGCGCACCCCAAACCCAAGCCGCGGAGCUACUACCUCGAGCCCUUGCCUCUGCCUCCCGAGGAGGAGGAGGAAGAGCCCACCACCCCUGUGUCUCAGGAACCAGAAAGGAAGUCAGGAGAGCUUUCUGAUCAGGGAAAACACGCCGCGGAUGACGAGAAGAAGACAAAGGGCAGGAAGAGGAAGUCAAAGUCAAGCUCUAAGGCUGAUGAAUAUCCACCGAACAGCUUAUACAGAGUGCCUCCCAAUUACUCGCCCGUUCCCUCACAAAUGAUGCAGCAUCCUCAGUCUGCCUUGUGGGGCUACACCAUCAUGGGGCAGCCGCAGCAGCCUGGCUUCUUCGCGCAGAACCAGCCCCUCCCUCCAGGUGGUUCCAGGCUGGAUCCAACGAGCUCCUUCGUCCCAGCCAACACGAAGCAGGCCCUGUCCAACAUGCUGCAGCGGCGCUCCGUGCUGCAGCCCCCCUCCCUCCACGCGGUCACACCUCAGCAGCAGUUGCUCCAGAUGAAACUCCUGCAGCAAGAGCAGCAGCAGCGGCUCCUCAGGCACCAAGCACAGGCACGGUCUCUCCAGCAGGGUCAGCCGAUGGACCCCGCUGCUCUUUUCACCCCGCAAGUCCGACCCACGCCGCAGCUACCGCAGUACCCAGGGCUUCAGCAAGCACAGAGCAUGCCCCACGGGUACACGAUGUACAGCACCCCGAUGCCUUUGCAGCAGCAGCAGCCCAGCAGCGUGGUGCUCUCUCCUGGCUACACCCCCCGGGCAUACACAGCCCACUCCAGCCCCGUGCUGAUGGAGCGGCUGCGGCCGGGGCAGCCAGGCGGCGUGGCUCAGCAGCAGGCAGCUGCCUACAUGCAGCCCCUGGCGGGCGCUCAGCGGUUGACCCAUCAGCCUCUGCAGCCAAACUCAUUGAUAGGGACGGGCCUGGACAGCGCAUCAGCCACACGUACCCAUGCAAGCCUGAGCUCAGCACAGCUGCCCCAGGAGCAAAUGCGACAGAGGCAGCAGCAGAUCCGACAGCAGAGACUCUUCCAGAUGCAGCAGGGACAGCAGCAGCAGACUCUUGAUCUCCAGCCCGUGCAGCCGCAGCAGCCCCUGGUAAGUGGGAUGGAUGCAUGUUUCAUGUGUCCUCACUCCGCUGUUAACAUGUGCUCAGGACCCGCUGCUGGGCAGCUCUGCCUCUCACCAUCCUUCCCUGCUCUGCCGGCUGCUCUCUGGUCACACUUUCUGCUGGGCUCAGGGCCUGGAGCCGUCCCUGGGAGAUCUGUGCUGCAGCAGCCAGCGGUGGGCUCAGCUGGGAUGGGAGCAUUGCUUUCUGUGUUACCCAGCGUGCAUUCAUGCUGUGAUUUCUGCCACCUGUCCUUUCCGCAGCAGUUCCCGAGGCAGGGCCUGCAGCAGACGCAGCAGCAGCAGCAGACGGCGGCGCUGGUCCGGCAGCUGCAGAAGCAGCUCUCCAGUAACCAACCGCAGGGAGUGAACCAGUAUGGGCAUCCUUCACACUUCUGAAUCCAAAGGUGGGAGGGAGGCAGAACGUUCCGUUUGCACUGAAGAACAGAACAUUCGAAAUCCAAUGCACUACUUAUUGCUAGAAAGGAAACCUUCAUUUCCUUCUCUUAUUAUUUUCAUAAUUAUUUUUCGUGCUGCAGUUGAUGUGAGUAUGUAACGAGGUGGUUCUCGGGGGGGUUUGAGUUUCUUUGCUUUUAAUUAGAUUUAAAGGUAAGGACUUGUGGACCUAUCUGAAGAAUGUUAUUGCAGAUUUUAUGAGUUUGGUGCUUUUUAGGUCCCGUUCCUUUUAAAGAGGACAAAGAAUGCUGGGUUUGUUUAUUUAUUCGUGGGAAACAUUCUUUUGUUAUUAUUAUUAUUUUUUUAAGAACUGCUGGACCAAACUGCUGAAUUCAAAGGCACUCCUGACCCUGGCAUAACAGUUGAUUUGUUCAUAAAGAUGUUCGCCUCUUUGUUUGAUGGUAGAACGAGCAUUGAUUUGAAUUGUGUUUAUUUGACUGUAAUUUUCAUACGCACUUUAUAGAGUUCUUUGUUUAAAGUACCAAUUCUCUCUCGCUCUCAUUGUGGUAAGAAGGUGCUGAAGUGGGUUUAUUGCUUGUAUUAGAACUUCUUAAAGUUUAUAUAAAAAGCCACAAUGUAAUGUUAAUAAACCGACUGAAAGUAGCAGCAUUUCUUCAUAUGUGGUCUUUGUAACAUCCCGCCCGGUGCUGAUCCUUGGAGGAGCGCAGCGGGCGCAGAGGAGGGCUGGGCAGAUGCUGUGGGGUCGGCAGGAAGGUGGGUCUGUUUGGCUCUGGGUGGUUCAGGAGGAAAUCCCACAGUGGGCUUCACAAAGAGGGGGUGAAAAAGUCCUUUCUGCCACUUCUGGAGCUGCCACCCGCGCGCACUGCGCUGCCCCUGCACGGGCUGUUCCUCUUAUCUGUGCGUCCGUUUGCUGACUUUGUUUGUUAACUGUUCAAAAUUCUGGGUUGGAUGCUUCAUUUCUGGCCGAGCUUCAGUGGUGUAAUGUUGGUUCUGUGUGAAUCAAGAUUAACUGCAGAAAUGAGCUCUGCACAGAAGCUCUAUAAAUAACACCGUGAUGUUCUCCUUUAUGUUUCUGGGUUGGCCAGGAAGUUAAGAACUUUGUGCUAAUCAUAAGUUCUGUAUUGUCUGCAACAGCAGGAGUUGUUCAAGCUGUAAGCUGUUAUAUUUGCCUUACGUUACCUCAUUUAUAAGAUUUAAUCAUGUAAAGCAGUUAAAUGUUCUGUGGAUUCUAAUUGUCUUUUAAAGUGAUAAGUCUAACUUACAUAAAAAUUAUUUCAGGUUUUUUGUUUGUUUGUUUGUUUUUUACAUGGAUUUUCUUAUCCCCCGUGGAAGUGUACUGUUCUUCAUAGUAGAUAAAGUUGUCACAGAUGCUGACAGGUGAGACUGGUGUAACCCAGCCUGUGUGGCCACUCCACCCGUGGAAGGAAGCACACAGCAAACCAUGUGCAGCUGAUGUUCAGAAAUGGUCACGCCAGCACAAAGGCUGCUCCAGCUGAGUAUGAACUCUUAAAUGAACAAAUAAGUAAAAUAAAUCUCCAGCUCGAUCAUAAUGUGGUCAAAUGAGAUGACAGAAUCUGCAUGUAGCUCUUGGCACUUGAGCACUUUCUCACUCAUGAGCACUGUGUGUGCUAACCAGCCGCUCUGAGGGAUGUUGCUGCGGGAGGUUCGGAUGCUGCGUAGCACUGAGGAGUUUCAUUGCAGAAUGUCCUAUGAGCGAUGGAUGUUUUAUCCCAGAAGAGGCACGUUACAGUUCUUGAACUUCUCUGUUGUAAUUUUAAAGGAUGUGAAGAGCUAGACUUGGUGAGGUGGGAGAUGGUGACCCUGAGCUCCCCCAUGUCUAUCAGGCUUCCUGUAGUGAUAAGGGAGUGCUUUCACCAACAGCAGUCCCUGCUCUGCUCUACAGCUGCUGAAGGGCAGUGUGGUCCCCUCCAUGACACACGUUUGUCCCCAGUUGGUGUGUUUAGGGGGAAAGGCUCUUCUGGCCCCUCUGUCCUGGUGUUAACGCUCUUAGGAAGAAUGUGAGUGAGACACUCAGAGCUGUGGUUACUGAUAUUGAUAGUUACUUGACCAGUCCAGUUCACCAUUCGGUUGUGCAGAAUGCAUGUGUAGCCGUUUCCCUCUGUUCUGAAGGCAAGAGAUCUCUCCUUAGACCUACCCAGUGCAUUGAGAAAGCAAAAUUCUCAGUUGACAUGCAGACUGAUGUAAUUGUUUUCUAAGUGAGAAAUUUCUAGAAGAAAUUUUGUGACAAUUGGAAAAUGAUGCCAACCUGGACUAAAGCCCAGAUUGUUCUGAAUGCAUCGUCCCAGCGUUCUGCACAAAAGACAGUGAAUCAGUCUUCACUGCUUGUUUCACCAGGGAAUGUUUAUUAAAAAAAAAGUGUACCAAAUAAUCUAACAUGUUAAGAAGGUAAUCUGCAUCACAAUAAAAUCUGCUUUUUGGUCCUCGGACAUUCUUGCUUUCUGAUCCAUGCUUCUGAUAGCCACACAAGGUGAACGUUAUUAAUCUAGUUUGAAAGCAUCAAUCCUGUACGGAAAUUCUCUAGGUACAUUUCUAGAAAGUUAUUUCAUUUAAUAUUCCAAGUUUGCUGGCAGGGCAAAAGUGCCUCAAGUUCAGUUUUAUUUAGGUCCCUUCGAUCACUGAAUCAAUGCUGGAUGGUAAUGCUAGAUCUAAUUUCCUUUUUCUUUUUGGUGUGAUCAUUGCAGACUGAAUCCUGUAAAUGUAUUUAGGCACUUAUGUGCCUUUGGCUGCCUUUGAUUAAACCUAUUCCAAGAAUAAACUCAGUCCAGCUGUACACUUUGCUACCAA